AGAUCAAUAGCUCAAGGCAAAAGCAGGAACAAGGACCAGACUUUGCUCGCAUAUAAAAAUUAAGGUUAAUAACAUUCUGCUAGUAGAAAGCAUCAAAUAUCAGUUUUGCAGUACUGUACAACAUCUGGGUAAUUAUGAUAGUAACUGAAGCAGAAAUCUUUCUCACUGCUUGGAAUUAUCAACAAAGAAAGCAAAAAUGAUGAGAAAACAAGUAACCUUCAUUGAAGAUGGAUCAGGUGAGAAGCAGACCCCUGGAGGACAAACUACACAUUGUAAAGUUAACAGGAGCCUAGCAACAAGGGCAUUAAGCUGGACCUAUCCACAGAACAUUGCUGGUAAAAACAAAACAAGUGAAAUGAAGGAAGAGAAACCAAAGCAGUGCAGGAAGGAAACAGUUGCCAUUCCACAACUGAAAACAAUUCCUAUAUACAAAUCAGUGAUGACAGCACCAUUUCUAAAGUACCCUGAUCUUACUGCAGGUCAGAAGAGAUAUUUGUGCAGCAUUGCCAACGUAUACAGCACUGAUCAAAUGCGCAGACUACUUCAGAGACAGUACAUCGAUAUCCUACAUCAGCAUACGCGUUCUGGUCGUAGUCAUUCCUGUAACCAAGACUGGCAUCCUACAGAGCAAAGUUAUUCACAAGGUUUCCAUCGACAGAUGAGCUCUGAGAAAAGGGCACUAAGAAAUGUAAAAUCAACCCCUUUGUCUAAGGCGAAAUCAUCUGUACCUCGGUCAGGAGAACUGACACUCCCUCAAAUAAGGAAUAGUGCUCAAAGGGUGUCACCUGAAGCUGCUCCCAGAGCGAGUAACAAAAGGAAACCAGCAAAAGUAAGCCAGAAACUUCAUGCACAAGGCAUGUCUGAAUCAAUUCUAAAGGAAAAAGACGAUGGAGAAAAGCUUGCUGAAUUCACGAAUUUCAUGUCAAUACAUGAUGAUGAAAAUUGUUGCAUCACCAAAAAUGCAUAAGAACAAAGUAAAACCAUUGUAACAUACACAUAUUGUAUCAUUAAAUUUAACAUUUUUAUUUGUGUACCUUGAAAUAUUACCUGAAUUAAGUAAA